UUUUGACCACCAAAUCUCCAAAAUUGACUACCAAACACCACCAAACGACCACCAAACGAUAUCAAAAGGAAUUUUCAAAAAAUACUAAUUUUUGGAGUGCUGUCGUGAAGAUGGCACUCUAAACUUGAAAUCUGUAUAAUUUUUUCAAUUUUGACCACCAAACCUCCAAACCUGAAUACCAAACACCACCAAACGACCACCAAUCGAUUCCAUACAAGAAAACCUGUUUUCCUUUAACUUGGUGUGCCAACUUCACGGGGCUAAAAUUAAUAUAAUAAUUUAUUAUUAGGAUUUUGAAUAUUGAAAAUAUAUAUAAAAAAAAGAAAGGUUUUUAAUAAGAACAACUGAAAUUCUUUGAAAAUCACUUUUAAGAUUCUUAUUUUCCGUGAGCUUUGUUUUUUUUUUAUUUUUCAAAAAAAAAAAAAAUAUUUAUUUUUCCAUAUAAAAGAAAAUUUUUGAAAGGAAUUUUUAGAAUUAAAAUUUUUGUUUCUCAACGAUGAAUGAGACAGCGGAAUCAUUAAUUUUAGAAGCUUUACAAAAAGAAACUUCAUUAAAAACGGUAAAUAAUUAUGGUGAAACAUUAUUGCACGUUGCUGCUGCUAAUGGCUGUGUGAAAAUUCUUAAAGAAAUUUUAAAGAAGAAAAUUUUUGAUAUUGACUAUAAAAAUGUUUUUGGAUGGACACCACUUAUGCAAGCGAUUAGAAACGGAAAAAUUGAUUGUGCCAAAAUUCUUAUCGAUAAUGGGGCAAAUGUUAAUCAUUUCACUUAUCUUGGAAUGUCGACAAUUGGAUUAUCAACAGCAAUUGGUAGAGAAGCGUUUGAAAUAAUUUACAAUACUUCUACAUCAGCCGUUGAAAUUGCAGCAAAAGAUGAAGUUUGUCCAUUGAGUAUUGCAGCAAUGAGAAAUGAUAAAGAUUUAUUUUUUCGACUUUUAGAAUUGGGUUUAGAUGUUUCUAAAGCAAACGUUUUUGCUCAUUGUAUGAUAAAAUCGUCGAAAAUUCAUGAAAUAUCAUCAUUAGCAAAACCACUCGAAGACAUUGAGAAUUAUUGGAAUGAUUGUUCGGAUAAUAUUGAAAUUUUUAAUAAUGAAACAAAGAAUGACAAUAAUAAUGGACAAAUCAAUGAGAAAAGGAAAAAUUUUAAUUUACCAAAAAUUUGUAUUGAAAAUAUUGACAUCAAAUUAGAGGAAAAUUUUACGAAUGAAGGAAAAAUUUGCAAUGAUAAAAUGAAAAAUUACAAAAGUUUAAUAUCACCAACACUUACUUAUAAUUUUGACGGCGCUUAUCCACCAUCACCAAAAAUAAUUUCUCCAGAGGGGGAAAAAAAUUCAGAAAUUGAGAAUGAAAUGAAAAUUCCUUUGAAAAGAUGCCAAAAUAUUCGCCCACCGGAUUUAAUAAUCGUUAACGAUUCAUUGGAUUUUAAUAAUACAUUGAGUUUUACUCCUGAAUAUAGUCCAACAAAAUCACCACUUGUACCACCGGAAAUUGAAGACGAAGACGCAGUAUUUGGAGAAAUAACUCCAACACAAACAAAUGAAAAAACACCUCCGGCAUGUUUUAUUUUCAAUCCAAAAGAUGCUCCAAUGUCUUUUUUUCUUCACAGUUAUGGACUCAGUCGUUUUAUUCCCAUAUUUUUAGAACAAGAGGUGGAUGUUGAUUUAUUUUUGACAUUAAAUAACGAGGAUCUAAUUGAAAUUGGAAUUGAGAGUGAAAACGAAAGACGCAUUAUAGUUUCAGUGAUUGAUGAAAUUAAUAAUACAAAAUCAUCCAAUUGAAUCAGGAAAAUUUUUUAUAAUUAUAAUUUUUUAUAUUAUCGUUAAAUUUAAUUUAUUUAUAAAAAAAAAAUAUAUCAAUUUUUUUCAUUUAACAAACUUUAUAUUAAAAAAUAUGUAUCAGUAAAUUUUCACAUCAAUUAAUU